UCGACACUCUCAACUUCCUCAAUGUACAAUCCUCGUUAACUCCGCUUUUAAGCCUUUCUUAAAAGAAUGAGCUUACGGCUACUUCUCACUUUGCUUCACCGUACUAUCCUACGCACGUACCUCUUAUCAUCCGCACGCUUUCCAGCGCCACCACCAUGGCCACCUCCUCCUCCUCUUCCUUGCUCCUCCCUUCCGUAUCUCUCAACAACCUCUCCUCCUAUAGAAAUGCCUCCUCCCUCGGAUUCUCCGUCAAGAAUCUCACCCGAUCCAGGGUCUCCAUAAGCGUCUCAGCUGCAUCUCACACUGCUGUCAACGACUCUUUGUUCGCCGACUACAAACCCACCUCUGCUUUUCUAUUUCCCGGUCAGGGAGCUCAAGCAGUAGGGAUGGGCAAAGAAGCUCAGAGUGUUGCAGCAGCUGGAGAGUUGUAUAACAAAGCUAACCAUAUCUUGGGGUAUGAUCUUGUUGACGUAUGUGUUAAUGGACCUAAAGAGAAGCUUGAUUCCACUGUCAUAAGCCAGCCUGCUAUUUACGUCACAAGUUUAGCAGCUGUUGAAUUGCUCCGUGUUCGUGAAGGCGGCGAAAAAAUCAUUAACUCGGUUGAUGUUACUUGUGGUCUCAGUUUGGGAGAGUACACUGCUCUGGCCUUUGCUGGAGCCUUCAGCUUUGAGGAUGGGCUAAAGCUUGUAAAACUUAGAGGAGAAGCCAUGCAGGCGGCUGCGGAUGCUGCUAAGAGUGCCAUGGUUAGUAUCAUAGGGUUGGACUCAGAAAAAGUUCAGCAGCUAUGUGAUGCAGCAAAUCAGGAAGUAGAUGAAGCUGACAAAGUUCAGAUUGCAAAUUACUUAUGUCCGGGUAACUACGCAGUAUCUGGAGGUCUUAAGGGAAUCGAAGUUGUUGAAGCCAAAGCUAAGUCAUUCAAGGCUCGAAUGACGGUUCGGCUAGCUGUUGCGGGUGCUUUCCACACAAGUUUCAUGGAACCAGCAGUGUCUAGAUUAGAAGCUGCAUUGGCGGAAACGGAGAUCAGAAGUCCAAGGAUCCCAGUGAUCUCCAAUGUGGAUGCACAGCCUCAUGCAGAUCCAGACACAAUCAAGAAGAUACUUGCACGCCAGGUGACAUCUCCAGUCCAAUGGGAGACAACAGUAAAGACACUCUUAUCCAAAGGACUCAAGAGCAGCUAUGAAUUGGGACCUGGAAAGGUGAUUGCAGGGAUAUUCAAGAGAGUAGAUAAAAGUGCUAGCGUCGAAAACAUCAGUGCUUGAGACUCUCUCUGCUGCUUUAGAUGUUUGGAAUUUGAAAGUUUUGUUAUCGAAUAUUUAUGUAACACUUAGCACGACGAUAUAUGUUGUAUCUUUGUUUAAAAUUUCAGUUAUUGAAAGUGAAAGGGCAACACUUCAUUGA